AUGCUCUACACUUCCGGAACAUCGGGAAACAACAAGGUGGUGAAAAUAAGUGGUUUCAAGACGCAUUUUAUGGGCUGGAGUAUGGCGAACCUCUGUGGUUUCAGUUCUAGUGACAUUUUUUACACGCCAUUGCCACUUUUUCAUGGAAAUGGUGGAGGAAUGUGCCUUGGUCAGAUGCUUUGGAGAGGCUCUACUGUUGUAAUCAGAGACAAAUUCUCAGCAUCAAAGUUUUGGCUUGAUGUUUCAGCGCACAAAGCGACGGUCAUCAAUUACAUCGGUGAAAUCGGCUCUUACCUUUUGGCCCAUCCAGAGCGACCGGAAGAACGCUCGCACGACGUGAACUUUGCGAUUGGAAACGGACUGUCUCAAUCAGUCUGGAGCAAAAUGAAAAGCCGAUUUGGAAUCAAGAGGAUCGUCGAGUUUUAUGCUUCGACGGAGGGGAAUUGUAACUUGGUUAAUUCAGAAGGACAUCUUGGUGCGUGCGGGUUUAUUCCCGGUGGACUGGCCAAAAGAUUUUUUCCAGUUAAUCUCAUCAAAUGUGAUCCUCAAACGAUGGAGCCUGAACGUACUUCAGAAGGAUUGUGCAAACUGGUUGAACCAGGGGAGGUCGGCCAAAUCGUUGGGAAAAUCCGGAACGACUACCUUUCUCGUUUCGAAGGAUAUUCAGACGGGGACGCUAGUCGAAGCAAAAUAAUCAACGACGUAUUCAGACAAGGAGACGCUGCUUUUAUCUCCGGCGACUUGCUCAGAAUCGACGAGAAUGGCUGGUGCUAUUUUGUUCAGCGCGUUGCUGAUUGUUACAGAAUCAACGGCGAGAAUAUUUCUUCAACGAUGAUCGAAGAUCACAUGAACAAGCUCUUGAAUUUCAAGUACACCGUUGCCUCGACGUUCACGGAAAUUGACAAACGAACUUUUGGCGUGCUAGUAAUGAAGUUCGAUUUGGCUCAAGUUGCAGAGAAAGAUUUGGAGAAAAAGACGAUGGAAAUAGCAGAAGUCAUUUCCAAAUUACCCAAGUACGCGAGACCAACGUAUGUUCGCCUAACAGAUGACAUUCCAAUAACGCCAACAAUGAAAGUACAGAAAUUUGCACUUCAGAAGCGAGGAGUAGACCCAUACAAAGAUGAUAUUGUCUUAAAAUAUUCUUCGAAAACCCAAAAACUGACAACUUUCAUUUCUUCAAAAUAA